UUCUGAAGAAAACAUCUAAAAGUUUUAGAGAAGUUGUUGGUGCAUCGGAACGGAAUACGAGUUUUCAAAAAUUUUCAACGAUUUCGUCUCAUUAUACUUGUACACAGCUUCUUCAGCGAGAAAAAUAUUCGAAAAUUGCGUGUUAUGUCAACAACAUGACAGAAAAUUAAUAAAUGUGGAAAUUACAGUAAUCUAGCUAUUUUUUGAAACUUUUAGGCAAAUUGGUAUUAUUUUUGUAACCUAGCAACGGAUAUAAUUUUUCAAUCACACCCUGAGGUGUCCUUCUGGGAUUGGUAGAAUGAAAAGUCUCUCAACUUUCUUAUGCAAGCAAAAGUUACUUCUUCGCCUGAACUUUUUACCGACCCAUUGCUUGCCGUCGCCAUUUGGCAUUUUUUUUCUGGGGCGCGAGUUCUGGCGCACUCUGCUUCCAUGGUUUGCCGCCCUAACAUUCCUAGGGAAUUAUAUUUCAUUGUUCGUAAACAUAAUGGUAGAUAAAUAUAAAUACUGGCAUGAGACUUUAUUGAAGUGGUUAGAAUCUGGAACCGAGGAACGAAAAGUUGGAAUUGUGGUCCUUGAAGCUUACUAUUUGGGUCUUGGAACUUUUUUAUUAAAUGAUGGAUCUUGUCGCUAUAAAAAUGUUACCGAGUAUUUUAAGGAAUAUUUUAUUGAAAACAUAACCAAGAAUAAAGUUUUCAAUUACGAUAAAAGAUUAUGUUUGCAAGGUCUUUCCUCAUUUUCUGGAGUGUACCAGUUACAAUUAGAACAAGAAGAAAUAAGAAAAGUGUUUGCACUAAUAAUUCAAAAUUUUGAACAAAUAUAUAUACUCAAUCUAGAUCCUUCGGCUGAUGUACUGGAAUUUCUUCCUUUUUAUCUACAAACUGUUGCAAAAUUUCUUCAGUUUAAAUCAGUUGCAAACAAUGAACUAUUUUGUCUUCAGAAAGGGACAAUUUUACUGAUAAAAAUUUUUCCACAAUUACCAUAUUACUGUCACCCUUUGGUAACAGAAGCUUUAAUUUUGACAUUUUAUUAUUUAUCAGUAAACAGCGAAAACAUAUUCGAUACUUUCGCUGAAAAUGUAAUAUUCCAAGGAGUAGUUUGGACGUGUUCUCAUCAACACAUAACAGAAGCAGAACUAUUAGAAACAAGUUCACAAAAGAUUGUUACGAUAAGAGAUUAUAUUAACAUGUGGAAAGCUUUACUGAAAAUCGUACCAGUUCGUAGAUAUGAUAAGUUUGGAAUUUUUUUGCAAGAACGCAAGUACAUUUUGGUUAAGGUAAUUGAUAAAUUAAUGAGGACAUUAUUAAUUCUAAUUAACAAGUUAAACGUAUCGAUAACAUUGAGUGACACUACCGAAGCAGUAACUGACAUACAGUCUGCAUAUAAACUGGAUGCAAUUAACGAUUUUGCAAUUUUUCUCAAUCUGGUGGACUUCUACGAGAAAAUUUUUGAAUUCAUUGAACCCACAGUGUUAAAGAAAAGCAUUUACAAAUUAAUACAUUACCUAAUAGUCAAAUGCGAAAAUCAUCCAUUGAUAAGUGGUUUUUACAAACUUCUUUCCUUUUGCUUAAAAAUCUGCAAAGACAUCAGUUAUUUUAACUGUUCUUCCGAAGACGCUACGAUGUGUCAUUUAACACUAACAAAGUUUCUAACUUCUUUGUUGAAUAAAACACAACAAUUUACUGGCGAUUUACUAAUUGCUUGUCUUCAAGUUCUUUUGGAAUAUCCAAUUCUUAUAAUUAAGGAUAUGUUAACGGCUUGCACUUCAUCAUUUCGAACAAUCUUCUAUGUUGGCCGCACUUCUAUAAACUUAACACAUUUGGCAUUAGAAACUCUGGAAUAUUGGCAAAACGAGAUUGAUAGUGACGAUUUCGAACCGUUUUUGAAGAAAAUUAUUCCACAAUUAGAUUCUUAUCUGCAAAGUAAAACUUUGGAAGGCAUCAGUACUGCCGUUAAUGAUAACAGAAGAAAAACCUCUCAAGCUCUAAAGAAGCGUAAGGUAUUGGUUAAUGUUGAACCAGAACUUUUUCAGCUUCAAGUUAAAAUAAUCAAAUUUGUUGGACAACAAACUAGUUCAUUGUGUGAAGCUUUUGCGAUCUCUGAAGACCAUGCGGACUUAACUGUUUGGACAAACGAACAACAUUUAAAAAUAGCUUUACCCUACGAAGAUAUUAAAGUACAAGUAUACUUGGAUAAAUUUCUUCCAAGAAUAGUAAAUGUUGCUCUCAAUAGCUCCGAUAGGAAAACUAGAAUAACAGCUUGUGAAUUGUUACAAGCUACUGUUAUGAUAUUUCUUGGUACAACUAAACAAAUGUCGCUUUCUGGACUGUCCGACUUGAAUGAGUUGUUGAAGCAUGUAUCUGUUCCGUUGCUUCGAUUAGGAUGUGACAUGGAUCAAGUUGUCGAACAACUUUUUAGACCAUUGUGUUUUCAAUUAAUUCAUUGGUACACUCAUCCUGUUCAAUCACGUAGUGGACAUAGUGCCAUAGUUAUUGAAUCUAUUUUGGAAAGUAUGACUCAUCCAACGGACACGGCUUUACGUGAUUUUUCUGGGAAAUGUAUAAGUGAAUUUGUUAAAUGGACUAUUAAGCAAUCAAAUGAAAAGAAUUUGUCUAAAGAUCCAAUCAACAUAAAAAUUUUGGUGAAAAAGAUGCGGUUUUACAGCUUACAUCCUGAUCCUGAUAAAAAAUUAGGUGCCGCUCUUAUUUUUAAUAAUAUAUACAGAGAUAUUCGAGAAGAAUCGUCCCUUCUAAGCAUGUUUUGGAUAGAAAUUCUUCAUAUAUUUGUGAAAAGCUUAUCGAGUUUAGAAAAUGAUGGAAUCGACAACAACUUAGUUAUACAAAUUAAUAAUGUUUUAAGUAGACUAGAAAGAGGUUUUGUGGAAAAAUCUGAUUUAUUUAAUAACGUUGACGCUCAACGAAGAAUUCCAAGUGAUAUUAAUGGAGACACUUUAACCGAUGUUGUCGUCUGGUUGUUGAAACAGACAGGUUCAAAAAAUGACCACUGUAGAGCAAAGUGUAUGGAAAUAUUUUGUUCAAUUUCAUCUAAGUGUCAAGGAUGUACAAACAUGCACAAUUUUAUACACACAUAUUUUAAUACCGACUGGGUUCAAAAUAUCUACGAGACGUAUUUGAUUCACCAUCCAACUUUAGAAUAUUCAAAAAGCAAUGAGGAAAUUACUCCAAUUAAAUGGAUGCAAGCAUUAUUAUGUGCAUUGGACGGAUCCAUUUUUAUUAUUAACAAUAAGUUAUCAUCAACUUUAAGUGAGACUUGCACAAAAUCCAUCCGCUACUUUCUCGAGAAAAUGUCAACGACUACAUUAGAUCGAGCUUUUGCAUUAAUUGAGACAAAAAUGUGGACAUUUACAACAUUCGAAAAACUACAUUUUGACAAGCAACGUUCACAAGCUGUUCUGAAAAUUUUGCAACUUUUUACUAUAUAUGAAAAUAUAAAUCCGUUUUAUACUUCACAUCUUUGGGAUCUGUUGGUCAACUUUAUAUUUAACCGACAAACUUUGGGAUUUGAAUGUUUUCAGCCGCAAGACGACAUUAACGAAAGUGUCUUGUUAAAAGGAUUUUUUAACACUUUGCCAGAAAGGCCAGCCUGUGAAGUUGUAAAUGUUCUAUUCAAGUACAUAACAGAAAAUUUUAAUGAUGAAUUUGAUUUAAAUGAUCAUGUUACAUUAAAACAGAGAAACAUUGUAAAAGGAAUUAACAUUUUACAGACGUUUCCUUUGAAACAAUUUACUUUCGAUAAAUUUACUAUUGGAAGUGUUGCAAGAUUGUUGAAUAAAUUCAUCCAUUUAGCAGAAGAUAAAAUCAUCUAUUUAGAUGAUCUUCAGAACACCACUUUGUCUUAUUGCAUUUCUGUUUUAAAUUAUGCACUUGAAGAUCAAAAUGAAUUUAAAGUUUUUAUUGAUUAUUUACAUAAAGACUACAAAGUUCAGACUACAAAUUGGAAACAACCAAUACAUUUUGGAACUUACUUACUCACUAUAUUCGAGGAUACCAUAAUUCGUAAACUUAUUACAAGUUUUGAUGUUUUCUUCACUUUCUGCUUGGAAAAAAAAUACGAAAUUGGCAAGACUGUGGAAUUUAUUGUGUACAUUCUGGCUUACACUAGUCUCAGAAAACAUCUUAAAACUCGCAAUGAAUAUGUUGUUAAAACCCUGUUAACAAAUUGGGAUAUUUUUGAAAAAUAUUUCAACGAAAGCAUUUCAAACAUUCAAAUGGGAUUUAAGCUAUUGAAACAUUCAACCCCAAUUAUUAAAUCUAGUAGGCUACAGUCCGAUAAUUUGAAGAAAUGGUUACUUUGGGUGUUGAAUUACGAAACAGGUUUGAUGUGGACAGAAGAAUUUGAGUUGAAGGUUGAAACAGUUGAUUUGUUGUGUGAUAUUAUGGACAAUCUUGAUGAAACUGUCAGUCUGAGAUGUUCCUUGGAAUGUUUUAAAGUCAAAUUGAUCUCAGAAAUUUCAUCUAUUCCUGCAGAAGAAAGAACAUUUAUUUUAAAUAAACUACUGUAUGUAAUACCAAGAGUUAGGGCUUCUGAGCUUUUGGUUUUUAUUUUGGAGAUCUAUGCUAGAAUGUCUAGAGGAGACGAUACCUCAGAUGUGAAGCGUUACAUAACUGAGAAUAUUAUGAAUAAUCAGGAAGAACAUAAAUCUUUUUUGACCAAAUUAUAUCAUUUAUAUUUACACGAAGAUCUUGAUGAUUUUCAAAAAUAUCAAUUGAUUAUUAAUACAAGUUCACUCUUUCAGUAUUGUAACAGUGCUUCAUUUGGAGAUUUUUUCACGGAAACUAUUUCCACGAUACUAUCUGUUUUAAAAGAACCUGUCACUACUGAAAAUUUGGUUAAUAAGAUUCUACAUUUUUUGUUGGUGGAAAUAUUAUUUUUGAGGAGUCCACUACAAAGUGAGGAUACUGAGAUUAGUCGAAUAGCACAAGCCGCUUUACCCAAAAAGCCAAGCAAUAAAACUUUGUUACUUCAACUUUUGAAGUUUACCUUGGAUGCCAUUAAGGAUUCACUUGAUUGUACAAAAGAGUAUGAAGAAUUAUUUCGCUUGUAUAAAUGUCAUUCUUACAAUACAAUGAUUUCUAUUGUAUGCAAUUCAAUGAAGGACGCUAAUUUUUAUACGAAGUUAUUUAUACGUAAGGAAAACAAUAAAGACAUAUUGUGGAAUAACUUAAUUGAUACGAAGAAAACUUACGUAUUUCAAGCAGAUUUCGAUAACAUUCCAAAACAGACAAAAAUCUUACUGAAUAUAAGGGAUGAGAUGAGGCUUCGUAAAAAAAAUGAAAUUACGGAAACGCAGUCUGUGAAAUAUAUAGAGUCUCUACGAGUCUUCAACAGUUCGUUAUCUGAAGAUGUGACAAGGUUUGAUUUUACAAACAGUAUUAUAAGAAGUACGUCAGAUGAGGACGAGAAGAAUAAAGAGGUUCUUGUACAAAGUGAAAUAGAACUGGACUGUACCGAUAUUUCUACUCACAUAUGUAUGGCUAACGUUUGCGGAUUGAUUGAACAUAUGUUUAGAACUGGCAUUACUGAAUUUCCCGAUGGUGAAGAAGAAUACGAGUUACCUGCUUGGAUGCAGGGGAUUAAAAUUUUAUUACUCGAUGAAAACACCUCAAAUAAUGUUAAAAUAUUUUGGGUGAAGGUUAUCGAUAACACUAUCCACAUUUUUAAACAUUUUUCCAAAUAUUUUACGGAACCACUUCUAAAAUUUAUCGGUGAUCGAAGUGCUGGAGAAAUUAUGAAUUAUUUUGUAGCCGAUGUGGUUGCAAUAUUGGCAGCAUGGUGUACUGAGAUCACAUUAGAAACACAAUCGGAAAUUCAACUCGCAUCAGCACUUAUCGCUUUCCUUAUCAAUAAUCUUAAAAAUGAAAGACAAGACGUAUUUAAAUAUCAUCUUCAACUAAUUCGUCUCUUAGUUGAAGCAUGGAAAUCUUCAAUUGAGGUUCCUUAUGAUUUAAUUUAUUCGAAACUGAGAAUUGAACCAACUUCUAAAGCUGUGGAAAUCGGAAUACAUGUGUCUUCAAUAUUUUUAGCCAACAAAAUUCUACCAUGGAAGGAAAACAGUACCGAAUUUUGUAAGACUCUUUUUAACAUAAUUAGAAAUACCAAAUUGAAAACCAUAUAUAAACCUUGUGCUGAAACGUUAGGACUUAUACUACAUGAAACUAGUCAUGAUUUACCAAAACUUUGUGGAAAUGUUCAUGCAUUGUUAAAAAAAAUUAGUGAACCAGAUAAGUAUGCUCUUAUUUUAGAAGGGCUUGUUUUACAUUAUCCGCCAAUUGUCAACGACCAUUACUUAAACAGUCUACUAAGCCGAAUUCAUGGAGUUCCUAAGCCAUUAAAGAUAAUUUAUUUGCGAAUAUUAUUAAGUCGCUGGGAUGUUAUGAGCAAAAUUGAUGAUUUUAAAACGGAAAGAUGGGAUGCUUAUAUUGAAAAUGAUCACUUAGAAGUACAGCUUUUAGCUUUGGAAAUUGUACAUAAAUGUUUGAAUGUCUUGAGCUCUGUUCCCUUUUUUCCAAAGAUUGUUGUAUCUGUCUGCAAAAAUGUUUCAAACUCAAACGUAUUGUGCAGAACUAAAAUGUUUGACGUAGUAAUGGCCAUUUAUCAGAUCGGAACAAUUUCACCGGAAGUUAAAAAUGCUUGCAAAACUGUUCUCGUUCAAGGACUUUGUGAUGAAGACACUGAAAUUCGAGAAAGAGUCUACAAUUUUUGGAAAAGCAAUUCGUAUUUACCUCAUCACGUUGCGGAGAGAUUUUCAUAUUUGUUAAAGAACUUUUAUGAAGAAAGCACCGAAAGUGAUUUUCUUGGAAACUGCUGUUACUAUUUGAUCGAACGUUUGAAGAUUGCGGAUGAAUAUAACAAAAUGCUUUUUGAACAUCCUUUGGAAGAUUGUAACUUUGAAGAUUAUUAUUUAGAAACAAAUUGGCGCGCACGACACUUAUCUGUUGUUCCAUUAUUUGCCGAAACUGUGAGAAGUUUGAGCGGCAGUCUCCAAACAUUUGACCCGAACACCACUAAACUUAGACAGACACAAACAUCUCUUGAAUUUACACCGACACAAAGCGUUAGAUCUAAACAAUUUUCUCAGUACACGAUGAGUGAAAGUAGUCUAUUCAUUAAAACUGAUGAAGAUAAAACGUUUAUCAACCCCAAUUCAAUCAAUUUAUCUUACAAAUAUCGUAUCCCUAAACGACGCUUUCUCAGGGAUAAAUCUAAAGUGCAAAAUUAUUUUGCCCAACAGCAAGUGAAAAAGUCAAUUGAUAAAAUCGAACAAAGAAAAGAUUUUGCUAAAGAACGUGAAAAUAAAGUGACGAUAUAUCGAAGUUACAGGAAAGGGGAUUUACCAGAUGUUCAAAUUACUCUUCAGGCUGUUUUGGAACCAUUACAAGUUUUAGCUUUACGUGAUAGAGAAAUUUCGAAAAUUUUAUAUGAAGAAUUCUCCAAAAGUAUCUUGGAAAAACGGAAAAGUGACGCCAACUUCAUUCAUGAAAUAUCAAAUGGCAUACAAACAAUAUUUAACAAUUCAACCGAAUUUAGUAGGAAUCUUUUUCGUGCUCUGUUUAAUGCGUUGAUAUUUAGCAAGAAUUCCAUAAUAUUUCCCCCGGAAUUAAUAGUAAGCGUUUCUCAGUUAAGCGGUUUAAGAGGUCUUGGAGCAUUGCUUCUGGAAGAAUAUUUAAUAUCGUACGAUGUGUCAGAAGUCGAACCAAAAAAAUCACGUGGAAACCAAUUAAGUAAAGACACAAACCUUUGGAUAAAAUUGGCGGAGCUAUAUAAAGAAAUGGAGGAAUGGGAUGUUGUCAAAUCAAUUUUCCUCGAGAAAACACAAUGUCCCCUAGAAGUCAAAAAUGCUCUUCUUGCCGAGUCGCAAAAGCAAUGGAAGGACGCUCGAGAUUUGUAUCAGCAGUUGUUAGAAACUGAUGACGUUAUUGAAAGAAAAGAUUUUUAUUACGAAUCUUAUUUCAAGUGCUUUGCACAUUUGGGAGAAUGGACUAAUUUAGUAAGUUCUAUAGAUUCUAUCGUUUCACAAAACGCCAGUGAAACCUGGGAUAAUUUAUGGGAUCAAGGUUUUAAUCAGCAGAAACUUCUGCCAUGGUAUAUAAGUGGACACUUGAAAAAUAUUCUGUUCACUGACAGUUGUACACAUCAAUUUCUCUCAAAUCUCAAUACUACCCUAGAAUCGAAUCACCUGACCUAUUUAGAAACACAUUACCUUGAAGAAAUUACAAUGUUAUGGAUUUUUAAAAAUGACAUGCAAGAGGCCGAAUACUAUCUAAAAAUUUACAUCAGCAACUUUUUAGAAUACUGGCAACAAUUAGAUUCGUUUUACGGAAAUCUAAGAUACGCAAAAUUAUUAAGAUUGCGAAAUAUGAUUGAUAUCGACAAAUUUUUAAAUGGGUUGAAUAACAUUACUAGCGAUAAUGUGACGGAAAUUGAUGGUUUAAUAAAAUAUUGGAACAGAACAGCAUUUGAAAAUUUACCUUCUAUUUUAUUAAAAGAAGAGAGGGUUUUGUACCGAAAGCAAUUUCUGCGUACAUUAGUAAAAAAAGUUGAAUCAUUUGAUAAUGAUGAUUUUGCAAACAUAUUAACGAAAUUAAAUGAUGUCAGCCUCAAAUUGGAUGAAGAUAUUUUAGAAGCAGCAAUUGAAGAAAAUAAUUUUUACAUGACGAAAAAAUAUUUAAAUCUUUUGAAUAACAGAAACGUUUUAAAAACGCAAGUUAUAUUAAGCAAACUGGCAUAUAUUAAAUCAAACAUGCUUAAUGACUCGGAACAAAAAUUUAAUGUGAUGUUACAAGGGACUAAAUCACUUAUUUCUAUAUUUCAAGAAGACGGAACAACAUUUCUUAAACUUUUAGCCCAUAUUACUUUUUUCAAACAUCUCGAUUACAUUUCUUCACUUCUUACUGAAAACGAAGAACUACUUCGGAAUCAACAAUCAAAUUUAAUGUCUUUGAUUGAAACAACUCGGAUUGUCUCUGCAGAAGAUGUUGCAUUCUACGCAGCUAACAAGCUGAAAUCGUUUCUUCACAAUUGCAAAUCUUCAGAGGAUUGCAUGGCAGUUGCUGAUGCUUAUGUUCAAUUAGCUUAUUUUGCGAAGAAGCAAGGAAGAAUGUAUUUCAGAGACUUUAUGUUAUUCACUUUAAGAGCAAUGAAAUUUAAUUCAAAGGAGGGCAAACAACUUUUUCCUUGUGUUUUGAUGGAGCAAGAAUUUAGCCCUGAAGAACAACAACAAUUUGUCGCAGAGACUGAACAAAUACCAAUAUGGAUGUUCUUGAAAUGGAUUCCACAAAUACUUGUUACUAUAGACUCCUCAAAAAUAUCUGUUACAAAAUCGCUUGUGUUAAAAAUUGCUACUAUGUACCCACAAGCUAUAAUACAUGCUUACAGGCUAAGUAAAGAGAACUAUAAAUCUGAACAUCUGGAAGCUAAGAAAUUGAUUAAAACACUGGACGAUCUUUUGUUAAUCAAUCCAGGAGCAGAGAAAUUUUUGAAAGCUUUGUCCUUUAUAGGAAUUCCAGCUGCUAUCUUAAUCUAUUACGUUAGAAAAAUUAUAAAACUAGUUCUUUCAAAUGAUCUAGAUCAAGCCAAAAUUGUCUACGAUUUUAUUUUAAACGAAGUUUUCAACAAAGCUGACUCACGUGAUGUUAAUUUACUCCAGGGAAACAUGUUCAAAACGAUUGCAAAAUAUGAAAAGGAUUUGAAAAACAUUGGACGAUUAUUAAACAAGUCUUCAGAGUCGUCAAACCUUCUUAAACAACUUCAGAAAAUUAACUCAAGUUUAGGAAAUACACUACAGGAUCGAAAGGAAAAUCAGAAGAAUUCGCGUCUACUUAAAGACUAUUGUCCUUGGUUGGCUAAUUUUUCCACAAACAAAAGUAAUUUUGAACUUGAAAUUCCUGGUCAGUAUGAUGGUGAAAGGAUACCACUUGUUCAACACCAUGUUAAGAUAUCCGGAUUUUCUCCAAACGUUUCCAUAAUGAGUUCAUUGCGAAAACCUAUAAAAAUUAUAAUUUUGGGUAAUGAUACUAAGGAGUAUCCGUUUCUUGUAAAAUUUGGUGAAGACGUUCGACAGGAUCAACGAAUUCAACAGCUUUUUUCGUUGAUGAAUAAUAUUUUUCAAAACGAUAUAAAUUUGAAAGGACGUGAAUUUCAUAUACUUACGUACCAGGUCAUACCAUUAACAACAAGUUUAGGUAUAAUACAGUGGAUUGGCAACACAAAAUCUCUGCAGGAAUUUUCUCAAAGUACGAAUGAUCAGAAUUUUGACAAAAUUGUUGAAACUUACACAAAAUGGAUAUAUACGUCAGCAAAUCAACAAGCUUUAGAUGCUUAUGGAAGAGCAGCAAUGAAGUAUUCGCGAGAAAAAACAUUAGUUAAGUUCAAAACAUUGGUUAGCAUGAUUAGCUGGGAUGUUUUCAGAUCUACAUUUUUAAAAUUAAGCAGCAACACUGAAGGCUUCUUUGCACUUCGAAAUAAUUUUAUCAAAAGUUAUGCAGUUAUGUGUGCUAGCCAUUGGAUAGUAGGUGUAGGAGAUCGCCAUCUAUCAAAUUCCUUGAUAUGUUUGAAUAGCGGUAAAGUUUUGAGUAUCGAUUUUGGUCACGCCUUUGGUACAGCAACACAAAUCUUACCAGUGCCAGAACUGGUUCCAUUUCGUUUAACACCUCACAUUGUCAACUUAAUGGAGCCUUUAGGAGCGACGGGGUUAUUUAGGGAAAUCAUGGUGCAUUGCUUGCGAUCUCUAAGAACGAAUUCUGCUUCUUUAUUGUCUACUAUGAAUGUUUUCAUUGAAGAACCUUCACUUGAUUGGCUAGAGCAUGCUUCGAGAUUUCGAACUGGUGUGGACACAUCCAUUUGUCAGUGGUAUCCCACCCAAAAAAUAGAACAAGCUAGAAGAAAACUGGCUGGAGCAAAUUCCGUCAGUAUUAUGAUUGAAGAUUUAAUUGCGGGGCACCAGAAAAAUGAAGCGUACAUGAAGGCUUAUAUUGCGCUGGUUAAAGGAAGUCCAGAUUAUAAUGUACGAGCUAGAAUGUCAGAAGAUGGUUUGUCAGAGGAAGAUCAAGUAGACUGUCUUAUAGAUCAUGCUAAUGAUUACAAUUUACUUGGAAGGAUGUUUGAAGGUUGGGUCGCUUGGAUCUGAACUCAAAUUAAGUCUAUUAACUAAAAUUACUAUUAGUGUACUCUAAAAUGUAUUCCAGUUGUCUCGAUUAAAUUUUUACACUUA